UAAUUCUUGAUCACACUCCACCAACACCACAAAAUGUUUCAAUUCAAUACUGUGACAUUUUAUCCAGACUACCAUUCGAGGAUGAAACAUUUGAUUUUAUAUAUGUACGAUUUAUGGCUUGUGAACUACCUGAUAAUAAAUUUGAAGAGAUAAUAAAUGAGUUGGAGAGAGUUUUAAAAACUGGUGGAUAUUUGGAAAUUAUGGAUAUUGAUGCUCAAGGUGGUAACGAAGGAAUGUUAACACAAGAAUUUAUGUCUUCAGGAAUAAAUCCUCUCAUAACAGCAUCUCUAGAACCUCUAUUCCGUUCCAUUUCUCAUAUAACCUCCAUAACUACUGAAAGGCAAUGUUACCCAAUUGGUAAUUGGGAUAACCCUAUUGGUGAACUUGCUUUAGAAAACUUGUUUAUGGUUUUGAAGCAGAUUAAAAAUCAUUUAGCUCCUUAUAUGAGACUUACUGAUGAUGACUAUAAUAUGAAUCUUUGUAAAAUUAAAGAAGAG